CCUUUUUCAACAGGUCUGUGGGGUAAAACUGAUUUAUUACAAUUGUACAAUAAUCAGAGCUACUAUGAUCUAGUGUUCUAAAACAAAGAAAAAGAAGCGAAUAUAUGAGAAUCACAUAUAAAUACAAACUACAUUUUUAGUCAACAAGGAGAGAAUCAAAUGAUGUCUAGGAUAAGAGAGUUAGAAGAAAUCUGUGACAAACUCAAGUGUCAACUUGAUGAAAAAACUCAAGAAUGUAUCAAUGCCAAAAAGGAAGUAGAGUAUAAACAUAAUCAAUUAAUGGACUUUCAUGACAGAAUGCACAAAAUGAAUGCAAGUUUCCAUAAUGCUAACAUGUUAAAUCAAAAGUUAACUAGCAAAUUAGAAAGGUUUAAUGAGUUAGAUGAGAUGUGUGCAAAGUAUAAACAAAUCCUUGAAGAUAAAAAAAAAGAGCAUGCAACUAUAAAUAAUGAGUCAAUUCAACUAAAAGAUCAAAUAAUGCGAUUGAAUGUGACAAAUGACAAUUUAAAAAAAACAACGGAAGACUUAUGGAAACAUCUAAAUUUGAAAUCUCAACAGCUUAAGGUAAAAGAGCAAGUUGAAAACAAAGUUCAAGAAAAAGAUAAUGAAAUAUGCACUCUUAAAGAACAAAUGGACGCUUUAAAUAUCACAAUUCAGAAAAUGAGUGCUGAAAUCGAUUCAAUACAUGUUUAUCAAACACAAAUGGAUGCCUAUGAAAGUGAUUUUAAAGCUGAAAGGGCAGCGCGAGAGAAAAUCCAUCAAGACUUAUGCAGGGUUAAUGAGCAGCUCGAUGAGCAUAUAAUUGAGAAUACGAAAUUAAAAGAAGAAAUUAAACAUCUCAAAAGCAGCUCCUUGUCAAAUAAUCAACAACUUCUUAAUAAUCCUGUUAUGGAUGGUAGAUUUAAUCAGUUUAGUCUACUCAACUCCGACAGGUUUGUUCAGUUAGGAACUUCAAGAAGUGGCUUUGAAAAUUCAUGGCAGUAAUUUAUCACUCUAAAAUACGAAAAUGCCCCAAGUAUAUGCAUGGUUUUCCUGAUUUAGAACUGCAUAUUGUUGGAUGUUUAGAUGAUUUAGAACUUUUUUACUUGAUGUAUAUGGUUAGUUGUAAAGAUUCUAGUGUUAUUUUCAAUGUUCUUUUUUGUUUAUUUUUUUUAUAAAAUAAAUAAUUGUGAAUAUA